AUGAAAGAAAAUGUUUUGAAACCCAUGGCCUCAGUUUUUAAAAAGUUAGUUGAAAAAGAUAUUAAUCAACCUCUACAACUUUCUAAAAUUUUGAAAUUUGAAACAGUUAUAUUGGACCCUUUUAUUUACUGUAGUACAGAACACCGCUUAAAUAAUUGGUUAAGACAGAUAAAUUUACUGUCACCUCUCCAUCAGUUUACUAUAAAUAAUGAAAUUGUGCCUAUGGAUCACGCUGGUAAUAUCACAUAUGAUGAAAAAAUAACUAAAGGUGCUUUGCUACCAAUAAAACAACAAUUCAAAUGGUAUUUUGAACAUGAUAAUAAUUUUAAAUUGCAUUAUGAUGAACUGUUAAAAUAUGAGCAAAGUGAUAGUGAUGUAAUUUCAAAUUUUGUGCAAGGUAAAUUAUGGAAAGAAAAAAUAACAUUAUAUGAGGGAAAAAUUGUAUUUCCAUACUUCUUAUAUGUUGAUGAAUUUGAAAUAAAUAACCCCCUGGGCUCACAUGCAAAUGUUCAAUCAAUUGCUGCUGUAUAUUAUAACUUUCCGCUUGCUACAAAUAAUUCUAAACUUUCAAGUAUUUUUUUAGCAGCACUAAUAAAAUCAAUUGAUAUUAAAGAGUUUGGAAAUGAUAAAUGUUUUAAAAUUUUAAUAAAUGAAUUAAAUGAACUUGAAAACAUAGGAUUGAACAUAUCUACUGAACAUGGCGAUUUUCGUGUACAUUUCCUACUUGGCCUAGUGUUAGGUGACAAUUUAGGAUUAAAUAGUUUACUAGAAUUCAGUAAGUCAUUUUCUGCAAACUAUUAUUGUAGAUUUUGUAAAAUCCAUAAAUCUGUAGCAAAUGAGCUUUAUGAAGAAGAUGCAUCAGUUAUGCGCAAUAUUCAAAAUUAUUCUGAAGAUGUGGCUAAAAUGUGUUUUAGUGAAACUGGUAUUUAUAACCAGUCUAUUAUGAAUUCGUUAAACAGUUUUCAUGUUACAAAAAAUUUUUGUGCAGAUAGUAUGCAUGAUCUUUUUGAAGGAGUAUGUCAUUAUGACAUGUGCCAUAUAAUAAAAUACUACACUUCUACUGUUAAACUAUUUUCUUUGACCACAUUAAAUAAUCGAAAAGCUAAUUUCAACUAUGGCACUAUUGAAGUAGGAAAUAUAUCACCAAAUAUAACUGAAUUACACCUAAAUAAAUUUCAUUUAAAAAUGACAGCCAGAGAAAUGAUGACAUUUGUUCAUUUUUUCUCUCUUAUGGUUGGAGAUUUAAUCCCAGAUAAUUGUGAAGUAUGGAACUUUUUUUUAACGCUUCUUAAAAUAGUUGAUUUAAUUAUGGCAUAUACAUUUACUGAAAAUUCAAUUUUAAAUUUAAAACAGUUGAUUAAACAACAUAACUCUCUGUAUGUAACACUUUUUGGAGACAAUUUGAAACCAAAGCACCACUUUCUAAUUCAUUAUCCUACAAUAAUACAAUAUUCUGGCCCACCAAGAAGUUAUUGGUGUAUGAGAUUUGAAGGCAAACAUAAAGAGAUUAAAAUGUAUGCUCGUUCUACUUGUUCUAGAAAAAAUAUAACUUUAACUUUAGCAAAAAAAUGCAGUUAA